AGAGCAAACCAAAAUAUCCAAUUUCCAAACAACCCUUAUCCAACAAUCCUCUUCCUCUCUCAACAUUUCUUUCUAUGCUUUUUCCCCAAUCCAAAAUAUCUUUCCUGCAGAAAUGUCAGCCCUCUCCAUGGCAACUUCCACUUUUUCGUCUUCUCCACUUCACACCAAGCUCUCCUUCACUCCUUCUCCACUUUCACUCCCUAGCCGCUAUCUAUCAAAGCCCUUUAAACCCUUAAAACUCUUCAAAUUCAACACCCAUUUCCAAGAUCCUCUUUUUCCCCUCUCCCCCUCUCAUUUUCACCCUGCUUUCGCUGCCUUUGAAAGCUCUGAAGUAGCCCACGAAUCAAACGAGGAAGGAGAAGAAGCAGAACUAGACGUAGAAGAAUACAAAAGAGAAGAUGAUGAUGAUGAACUGAAACCCACGGAAUCAAACGAGGAAGGAGAAGAAGCAGAACAAAAAGUAGUAGAAUACAAAAAAGAAGAUGAUGAUGAACUGAAACCCACAGCAUCAAACGAAGAAGGGAAGAUUUAUGUAGGAAACUUGCCAUAUUCUAUGACUUCUUCGCAAUUGACCGAGGUUUUCCAGGAGGCUGGUAGUGUCAUGAAUGUUGAGAUUGUUUAUGAUCGCGUCACAGAUAGGAGCAGAGGGUUUGGCUUUGUUACAAUGGCAAGUGGUGAAGAAGCUAAAGAAGCAAUUCGGAUGUUCAAUGGAUCACAAAUUGGUGGCAGAACUGUGAGGGUGAACUUCCCAGAAGUGCCGAAGGGAGGUGAGAAGGAAGCAAUGGCACCAAGGAUUCGCAGCACAUACAAGGGCUUUAUAGACAGUCCACACAAGAUUUAUGCAGGAAACCUUGGCUGGGGCCUCACAUCUCAAGGUCUUAGAGAUGCCUUUGCCAACCAGCCAGGCUUGUUAAGUGCCAAAGUCAUCUAUGAAAGGAACACGGGACGGUCUCGAGGUUUUGGGUUCGUCUCUUUUGAAUCUGCUGAAAAUGCAGAAGCUGCUCUUACUGCCAUGAAUGGAGUGGAAGUGGAAGGACGGCCUUUGAGAUUGAAUUUGGCUUCAGAAAGAGCACGUUCUUCGCCAACUCUAGAAGCAAAUCAAGAAGAAAAUCUUGAGAGCAGUGAACAGCUUUCUAGCAUUGGCUCCUGAGUGAAACUCGGUUUAGGUACAGUGAGUAUCAGAGGAGCAGCAUUACGAGAAAAUAUAGCAUACUAUCCAUAUCUUGAUCCUUAGUUCUUUAAAAAAGGAUUCAUGCAAAUCCAAAUUAGAUAGUAAAAGAAAAAGUUAAUUAAAAGCAGCCCUCCUGCAUUUUUGAGUUAUGGAGCUAUCAAUUGUACAAGAUUGUAAAUGGUGUACCUCUAGUUUGCUGUCUGCAUUUUGUUCCAACUUUUUGGCAAUUGUAGAAUAAUCCAUUUUGAUGGGAAUGAUUCAGCGAAGCCUACACUGCA